GCUCUGUCCGCGCAUUGCUGCGGUUCACUAUACGCGUCUCCACUAUAUCGGUUGUGCGUUUUUUUUUAUUUAGUAUUUUUGUCUUCGGUGUUGUGUUAUAGGUUUACCGUGGCGCUUUUGCCAUCCAAUAUUAAUUUUUGUUAGUUAUGCAAAUUUGUUUUUCAUAAUUGGGUGUUAGGCUUUCGUUCGAUUCGUCGUUCCACGUAUUCUCAAAUAAGGGCUGACACGACGUGAACUUUUACCGGACUCGCGCAACUCAUCUCCAUUUAAAUCUUGCCAUUCAUCAGAGUAUUCGGCUAUUCACAGUGCGUCAGAAGCGGGCAUCCGUGAUAAAAGUGAGAGUUUUUCACUCUUUGUUGUUGUAUACAUCAAUUUGAAGCUGGCAUUUUGUUCGGAAAUUGCCUUGUACGAGUGAAGUAUGAUUUUUCAAAUUUAGACAGGCGUUUAUUGGUAUUAUACGAUAUAUAAAUUACGCGGAAGCUCAGUACAAUAGAGUGAAUAUUGCUUGCCGUCAUGUUCGUCAAGCGAAGGAAAGUGGCUAAUUCUAACAACAACGUUAUUUUGAGUAACGUCAACUACGAGAACAACGGUAAUGGGCAGGUGGUUAAAUCACGCUGCGGCAAGCACAAAGAUUGUAAUGGUGGCACAAGUGAGUGCCUACAAGUUGCCACCAAUGUUACCGAGCAGAAGCAUAACGUAACGCGUGAAGUCCGCGGUAAUAAUCUGGGUAUAUGCCGCGGUUUUCGAGGAUGCACCGUCUGGUUGACGGGAUUGAGUGGAGCUGGCAAAACUUCGAUUGCAUUUGAACUGGAAGCGUACCUGGUAUCGAAGGGCAUUCCGGCGUACGGUCUCGAUGGCGACAACAUCAGAACGGGCUUGAACAAAAAUCUAGGUUUCUCGCAAGUGGAUCGGGAGGAGAACAUUCGACGGGUGGCGGAGGUGGCAAAGUUGUUCGCCGACAGUGGUGUGGUAUCGAUUUGCAGUUUCGUAUCGCCGUUCGCGGAAGAUCGUGAAAUGGCUAGAAGGAUUCACAAGGAUUCAGAUUUGAAAUUUUUCGAAAUACACGUGGACACUUCCUUGGAGGUUUGCGAGUCGCGUGACGUCAAGGGUUUGUAUAAGAAGGCUCGGGAAGGCUCGAUUCAAGGAUUCACUGGCGUAACGCAAGCUUACGAAGCUCCAGAAAACCCAGAUCUGUCCGUUCCGACUGAAGGGUUGACGGUGAGACAAUCAACGUUCAAAGUGAUAAAGCUCCUAGAGGAUGAAAAUAUCAUUCCAAAGUUCAUUAAGGACGAUGAACCUAUACCGGAGUUGUUUGUUCCGGAUCACUUAAAAGCUUCUGUAGAGGCGGAAGCAAAAACACUUCCAUCAUUUUCGAUAACGACCGUUGAGUUGCAAUGGUUGCAAGUAUUAGCCGAGGGCUGGGCCCAUCCACUUAAGGGUUUCAUGCGCGAAAAAGAAUAUCUACAAGCGCUGCACUUCAACUGCAUGUUAAGUGAAGAUGAAACGAUGCGAGAAAAUCAGUCCAUUCCAAUAGUAUUAUCGGUUAGCGAUGAUGAUAAGAAUAGACUAGACGGAGUCAGUGCUUUGUCGUUAUCGCACGAGGGUCGCAUUGUGGCGGUGUUGAGAAAACCCGAGUUUUAUUUCCAAAGAAAAGAAGAGCGAUGUGCAAGGCAGUUUGGUACGUCGCAUCCAAACCAUCCGUAUGUCAAAAUGAUUAUGGAAUCUGGUCAGUAUUUGGUGGGGGGCGAUGUGGAAGUUCUGGAAAGGAUUCGCUGGAACGAUGGCUUAGAUAACUACCGACUUACUCCAAAUGAGCUUCGGAAAAAGUUUAGCGACAUCAAGGCGGACGCUAUCUUUGCAUUUCAAUUACGUAACCCAAUUCACAAUGGCCAUGCCUUGCUUAUGAGCGAUUGCCGGCGUCAGCUUUUGGAGCGUGGCUUUAAAAACCCCGUACUAUUGUUGCAUCCUCUGGGAGGAUGGACGAAGGAUGAUGACGUACCACUUCCGGUGAGGAUGGCACAGCAUCAAGCGGUUUUGGAUUCGGGAGUGCUGAAACGAGAGCACACAAUUUUGGCGAUUUUCCCGUCACCGAUGAUGUAUGCUGGUCCAACGGAGGUUCAAUGGCAUGCUAAAUCUAGAAUGAAUGCCGGUGCGAAUUUCUACAUUGUUGGUCGAGAUCCUGCCGGAAUGCCACAUCCCGAUAAGACAAUGUAUCCCGAUGGUAACCUGUACGACGGGUCGCAUGGCUCACGGGUGCUCAAAAUGGCUCCAGGGUUGGAUAGUAUUGAAAUCCUACCAUUCCGCGUGGCCGCUUACGAUAAGUCCGUAUCGCAGAUGGCAUUCUUCGAUCCCAACAGGAAGGACGACUUCGAUUUCAUUUCUGGCACCAGAAUGAGAAUGUUGGCGCGCACUGGACAGGACCCUCCGAACGGGUUCAUGGAACCGAAGGCGUGGAAGAUUCUAUCCGAGUACUAUCAAUCGCUGAAAAGCGGAGACAAUUGAUUGUGCUGACGAGAGAGUUUAGCCACAGAGUAAUAUCAAAAUAUAGCACAACUUUUGCAUGCCAACAGUGUGGGUCACUAUUUUACUUUUAGUUUGAUAAUAAUUGUGCAAAUUUUGUUUUUUAUCAUCAGAUUUUUAUUGUUAUACUAGUAUAUAGCUAUGAAUUGAAAACAGGUUUAUUCGGAUGAAUAAACAAUAAAGUACUACUAAUGGGAUAAAA